AUGUUCAUCUUCUGCUACUCCAUCUUCAUCGCCACUAUCAUCAACCAUUCCUCCUCCUUAGCUCGAACCAUAGCCAACCCAACGCCGCCUUCCACCCACCACCACCUUCAUCAGAACCUCACCUUCCUAAUGCAGAACUUACUCAAUGCAACAUACCAUGCAGCCACCACAAAGCUCACCAGCCAAAUCCCAUCUCCAAAGCCUCUAGGCCUCUUCCCUCCAAGCACAGGCAUUCUGAUCCCACAACAACCUUCCAUUGUCCCAACGGUUUCAGCCGCCGCCGGAUUCACUAAGCAAGCCUUGACGACUCCAAAAUUGGCUUGCUAUCAUUCUCAGCCCGAGCUGCCCUGGAGGAAGGAAGGUGUGUAUGUGGCUAGCUCGGAGGAUGGAACCAGCUACAUGGUGGCAAUGACUGCAAACUUGAACGGUGGAGGGAGUAGCUGCUGGGGUGGAGAUCAGAAGGGAAUCAAUGGCGAUGGGUUGAGGUUUUUCGGGGUGCAUAGCAAGAGAAAUAAGGGCGAGUCUCACAUUGCUGUGAUUGGUGGGGCGGGGAAGUAUGAGGGUGCUAACGGGUUUGCUGUAAUGGAAGUUGUGGAUUUAAGCUCUAAUUUUGCUAUUGUUGAAGAGUACAGAAGGGAUGAGUUCCUUUUGUUCACUGUGUAUCUCGGCUAG